AUGCUUGUACCCCAGGAAGUAUCCUUAAGUGCGAUUAUGGGAGUACCCCCUAUCUAUGGUCUCUAUACUGCUGCUGUCGUGCCAUUAAUUUAUCCCCUAUUUGGUACUUCACGUGUCCUUUCUGUCGCAAAUGGUGCUGAAGUAAGCCUAUUAGUGGGGUCAGCAAUUAAGAAAGUCGAAAGUCAAGAAGAACGUAUUGCAACAGGCAUUCUAUUAAGUUUCUUAAGUGGCAUUGUGUUAGUAUUAAUGGGUUUUUUUCGUCUUGGGGUGAUUGCGGAUUUUUUUUCACGACCGGUCAUGGGUGGGUUUUUAUCGGCUGGUGGUGUCCUGAUUAUGUUGUCUCAAGUUGCCAGUUGGCUUGAAUUGGAUAUUAAGAACAAAGAUUUACCGGUAUUAACGGUUUUUGAUUUACUGGAAAAAUGUCCUCAAUUAAAUGGAUUAAGUUUUGCACUCGGGAUCGUGUCGAUUAUUGUACUAGUGAGUAUGUACGAAUUCAAACGAAAACUUGUGAAUCAAUUGACACGAGUGGAAGAAGAAUUUGAAACACAAUUUGUUAUUGAAACAUCGAGAGCUUUGGAGCAAUUAUCCAUGAGUAGAAGGUCCUUGGAUAAUGAUGGAGAUGGGGAUGAUGAUGAGGCGAAGAAUGAAUUGGAAAAUCAAGAGAAUCGAGAUGGAAAAAUCGAUUUGAGACAGGUGGGGACGAAGGAUGGAGGUACGAUGGAACUAGGACAUGAAAUGAAAAGAAAAAACAUGCAGCUUAAACGACAGGAAAAGGUAAAGGCGAAUGCAAUGAAUAGUACCAUGUCACCUCAUGGAUCAAAGUGGAUGGAUUCGCCUGGUUUAUUCACUACAGGAUCAUUUCGGUGGCAUGAUGAUGUAUUUUCAUCUCCGUGGGGAUCAUCGGUCCGUAGUAGCCAGGAUAUUGGCUUGAGUGAUUUGGAUGUAGCACGCUCGUGUCGUCAGCGAGAUCUAGUGGCAAUUACUCGGAGUACACGCCACGGACGCAUGGACGAUGGGGUGGGAUUCUCGCUCUCGGAUGAAGAUUAUAUUACGAUUGAAAGGCCUCUUGAUUUUGGUACUCGACGUGAUGCAGCUCGUGGACUACACCGUUCAAGCUCAGACGAAGUAGGCUCAACGCGACCAUUGUCUAGAAUUAAGCCAAGGCAACCUAAAGUCGAGGUAAAUCGCUGCACCUACGCUAGUGACGGUGGUCGAAAUAAUGAUGAGGCUGAAGCAAAAGCUGAGGCUGAGAUGAAGCGACGUGUGAAGGAACUGACAUCACCUGCAAAGUCCGAGACUGGGUCAGAGUCGGCAGACCCGACUGCUGCGCUGACAGGACGUAUGUUAGCAGCAUCGUCGACGUCAAUCCGUCUCUUACGCUCUAAAAUGGCUGUAUUGAUCUCACUAAGGCUAGUGUGUGACCUGGGUGCGCUCAUGGUGUGUCUGCUUGGUGGAACAGUGGGUUAUUUCGCUCCAAAAGGCUCCUUGGCGCUUGCUGGAGACAUUCCAGGCGGCUACCCGUCGCCUAAAAGGCCAUGGUACGGGUUGAGCACCAAUAUCAUUGAGGCUGAUCGCUUAUACCAUCUCUUCAUUGAUACGCUAUCGAUUGCCAUCAUCUCGUAUAUGUGCAGCAUUGCUAUGGCGAAGCGUCUAGCUAUCAAAGAAGGAUACCGGAUCCGACCAAACCAAGAGCUCAUUGCCCUAGGUUUCUCUAAUCUUAUUGGCUCGUUUUUCCAGGGGAUGCCCUCUACAGGCGGACUCUCACGCACUGCUGUGAACAUGCAGAACGCGCGGACGCAGCUUGCGAGCGUGAUUACUGUACUCGUUGUGGUGCUGGUGCUGUACACGGCUACGUCAGCUUUGGCCUAUCUGCCGAAAGCAAGCCUAGCCUCGAUCAUCAUCGUCGCAGGCUAUUCUCUGAUUGAGCUAAAAGAAGCGAAGUGGCUGUAUCGUGUGAAGCGGGACGAGUUUUACGUGUGGCUUGCAUCGUUUGUGCUUUCAUGUUUGUUGGGUGUGCUACCUGGGCUAAUCUCCUCCAUCUUUUGCUCGCUCAUUGCCAUGAUUUACAAAACUCGUCGGCCGAUUGUUUCAAUGCUGGGUGAAAUGACUGAUGAGGAAAGUGGCGAGAAACGGAUUGUGGAUUUAGAUUUGUAUCCAGACGCCGCACGCCCAUUUCCUGACGUCGUGGCAAUUCGGGUGGAAGGCGCUCUCUACUUUGCUAACUGUGAAUACAUCGAACGUGUGGUGGAACGUGAGGUUUGCAAGCACAAUGAAACGGAAGGCAUGAUUGUCCGUGGUAUAAUGAUUGACGCCGGCUGCAUUAUGGACUGGGACACCACGACAAUUCAGAUGAUGAAACAUUUAAAGUCGAAACUUCGAGAGCAAGGCAUUAUGCUGGCUAUUGUGAACGCUCGUGAUCGGCUGCAGCUUCUACUUGAAUCCUCAGAGUUUCUUGUGGGCAUUGUACACAAUGACGCUCGCAUUGGAUUUACCGAAGCCCUCACUGCCAUUCGCGAGGAAGGUAUGCCGUCAGAUGAAUGUCAGGCACUGACGCGAUCGUCCAGAGUGUCUAGCGUCUAG